AAAUCUCCAUGAGUACUGGAAUCCUCAGAAUAAUUAUUACAAAGAAUUUGUCUCGAUGGCUUGACUAGCUAAAGAAACUGGAAGAAAAUGGAGGAUAACAAAAGUGAAAAUAUUGAUUAUGAAGAACUUAAUAACACUACAGAUGGUCAAACUCCGACUGAGACUACCAUUGGGAGGACCGUUUCAGGUGAUACUAUUACUGAAGGGACUAUUGGAGAAGCCACUUCUAGCAAAGAUGUUACUGGUGGUGGAACCACUACUGGGGGAUCAAAUGCGGUUAGAACUGGAACGCCAAUAUGGGGGCUCACACCAGACGGGAGACCAAUAUGGGGAUAUCCCCCGUGCGGCGGUACCUGUAUGGGAACGAAUGUUCAAGUUUCACUUGACUCGAAAAGUAGCCAUGAAGGUACUACUCUAACGCAAGUAAGGGCGUAUAAGCAUGUUGAAAUUGGCAUUGAUUUUCCCAUGGAGCCACUAGGUGAUCCAAUGUAUGUUUGUAAAUGCUUGAGAGAUUCAGAAUCUAACGCAUCCGGAAAAUCUGACAUCGACGCUCGCAGACGAUUGAUUCUUGGCCGUGUGGAAAGAACUGAAAAUUACCUGCGGGACAGGCGUAUUUCUGAACUACUGAGAUUUUUACUAGCUAAAAUAAUUUCUUCAUCACCUGACGAACCAUUGAAGUUUCUCGAAACGUUACUUGAUGAUUGCAUGCUAUUUCGUGCUAACCAAGGGAAAGCUCCUGUUUUAUUUGAUAUUCGACAUCUCGAAGCCAUUAUACGCAGCUUUGACCCGGGUGAACGUGGCUGGCUAAGCGCAGUACAAGUUGGCCGAGCUUUUAAAACUAUCGGACUAACUUCUUUAGAUAUAGAAGAAGAAAGAAUUCCAACCGACAAAGUUUUAUCUUUACUGAAAGAAACUCAAGAGGCCGAAUUAUAUGAUUUGAUCACAGCUGGUUCUAAGAAUGAUAUUCUAGGGAAAGAAAAUUUAUUUUAACAAAGUGGUUUAUGAUUAUUUAAUAAAGUGAAAUUCUAACAUGA